GGGAUGCUUGACACCCUCGUCGCUUCGGAACCGGUCAAGGUGAUCUGUGUGCAGGAGGCGCACACAAGGCUGUGCCUGGGGUAGAGGGGAGGCAGCAGGGUAUAAUGUAUAAAAUGCUGCUUCUUUGACCCGGUUUGCUUUGUUUUGAGAAUACCGGUGUCUUGGACUUGUUUGUGUUUACGAGGGUUUUUGUAGGGUGUUUGCAUCACAACAAAAUGUCAGACAUCCAGUCCCCCACCGCAGUCGUCCCACCCGCCUUACUCUUCUCACCCACCCCCUCCCAAAGGUCCAGCAUGGCCGACUUCCCAACGAGCCGUCUCCCACAAUACCUCUUCCGCGUCUUCUCGCCCGCAUCCGCCGGCAGCACGAGCGCAACCGAGAUCCUCCCGCACUGCAUGCACAAAUACAAGACCACCCGACAACCACGAGACGUCUUCGCUACUGACCCCAGUGCCGCCGCCUUCAUGGUUGAACGUCAUCUAAGAUGGAGACGGGGCCACGAACACACAUGCAGUUUGGUCAGUUGGACGAGCUCGCUGCUUUUCGCGCUGCAGUACGGCUUCUACAAGGCCUCCAAGGAGAAGGUUGAUUUGUCGGAGGUGAACCUCAUGGUUAUUGACACUGCAGCAUUUGAGCCGCGGCAGUUCAUCAAGGAUCUGGAUCUGCUGGCUGCGUUCGAGGCGGAUGACAGGGUAUCGGAGGAGCGCAGGGUGGAGCUAGAGGGACUCUGGGGACUUCGGACGAAGAAAAAGGCUCUGAACAAAUUGUUUUAUUUCGGCGAGUACAUUUCGCAGGGGAGGAUGGAUGUGGCGGGCCGGUGUGCGGUUACGGAUUUCGGGAGCAUGGUGCAGUAUGGACUGUUCAAGGUGUAUCCUCAACUGGGAGACAAAUCGACCUGGUCGUCAUGGGCAAAUCGGGUUCUUGCGCUGCGUAGAGAGUUUUUUGAGGAUAGCGACGGUCCGGAGCAGACUGAUCGCCUAGUGCCCAGCCGUCUGAUCAAGAUUGCGAAAAAGUGCUUUGGAGGGGUCUGGGCUCUUCCUGUGGCGAUUAUGUUUCUGGCUUUGAAGCCCCGAGCCCGCGACGAUUCCGCGAUCCUGAGUUGUUUUGGGAAGCAAUUCACUUUAGCACAGGUCGAAGCUUGGAAUGAGCGUGAGAUCACGAUUGUUGCGGAACGUCAGCCGGAGCUGGAGGAGUUCGAAAACUUGAAGCAUGUAAUCGUGAAUCACAUUGUGGAUGGAGGUGAUAUUCUUAACGCGCUCGGGAAUCUAGCGAUCUAGUCAUGACUUUUGCAUUCUGUCUACAUUCACCCAUCUAAGCUUCCUGGUUCCUAUCUGUUCAUAUAAGUACAUCUCGUCUCUACUUCAGCUACGCUACUACGACACAAUGUAAAAGCAUAUGGAUUAUUUUUGAAUAUUCUAGAGUACAUUGCACACGAGUAACUACCGGAGAGCAAGACACGUGAUGGAAGAGUAAUGUAUACAGUCUAUAUAUCCAACGGGGGUAUCUAAAGCGAUAUGAAUGUACAGAAGCGAGACCGCAUCUCCAUGCUAACAAUGAAGCGUACUUAUAAACGGGACAGGGAUCCAAGAGUAAAUGUAAGCCAAGACAGUCAAAGAGUAU